GGCCGCCCGAGCUCGGUGCUGCGCCCUAUCUUCCGAGGGCCCACGCCUUGGGUCAUGACUGGACCAGGGCUUUGGUCAAGGGUACUCUGUGUCCCCGGGCCCGCCGGUCAGGCCCCGCCCCCCGGCGGCCCGGGCGGGGGCAGGGGCGGCGCCGGCGGAGUGGGGCGCGGGCGCGCAGUGCUUGGUGCGCGCCGCCGCCCCUCCGGCCCAGCUUACCCGGCCGCUCUCCCAACCCCCUCGGCCCACUCUGUCGCCCCCACCCCUCCUUUCUCCCCUCGGCCAGGCGGCCCGGCGAUCCGGUGCGCGGGGCAGCGCAACGAUCGCGGCCUGGCGAUCUGGGCACUGCGGUCUUGGCGCGCCAGACGCGGGGCGCGAGGCCAGACCUGGCGCGGCGGGGUGUGGGGGGCGGGCAGCUGCGGAUCCCCUAGAGAAGACCAGGGGCAGGCAGGGGGGUGCCGAGAAAAGUGAGACCCUGAAGCUGAGGGAGCAUCAUGGCAGGCCUUAGUAGAGCUCUCUCUUCAGUGUUUCUGGAGGCCAAGGAUGCCCAUUCGGUCCUGAAACGAUUCCCUCGUGCCAAUGAGUUCCUGGAGGAGCUGCGCCAGGGCACCAUCGAGAGAGAGUGCAUGGAGGAGAUCUGCAGCUAUGAGGAGGUCAAAGAAGUGUUUGAGAACAAAGAGAAAACGAUGGAGUUCUGGAAGGGGUACCCAAAUGCAGUCUACUCAGUCCGAGACCCCUCACAGAGCUCGGAUGCCAUGUACGUGGUGGUACCUCUUCUGGGGGUGGCACUGCUGAUUGUCAUUGCCUUGUUCAUCAUCUGGAGGUGCCAGCUGCAGAAAGCAACCCGUCACCAUCCCUCCUAUGCUCAGAACCGGUACCUAGCCAGUCGUGCUGGGCACAGCCUCCCCCGGGUCAUGGUGUACCGGGGUACUGUGACCAGCCAAGGGGAGCCUUCUGGGCACCGAGAGGCAGGGAGCAGCCCCCAGGUGGUGCUGGGGCCCAGUCGGGGGGGCAGGACCACAGUCCGGCUUGAGAGCACCCUCUACCUCCCUGAGCUCUCUCUCUCCAGACUGUCCAGCGCUACUCCACCCCCCUCCUAUGAGGAGGUAACUGCGCCCCAAGACAGCAGCAGUGAGGAGACCAGCGUGUCUUACAGCGACCCGCCCCCAAAGUACGAGGAGAUAGUGGCCACCAACCCUGGCGCUGACAAAUAGCGGGACGUUUGUGCCCUGUCCUGGAUGAACGCCUCUUUCUGAGGUCUCCUAUCUUCUUUUUAACUUUUUAAAGACUGUGCCACCACAAAACAGCCUUAGCCUCCUCGUUGCCAAAUAAUUCCCUAAUCGUGAAGUUUAGGAAGUCAGUUGUCAGAGACAGGUGGGGAGGGGGAGUAGGAACCAUGCAUGAGUCAAAGUCCCCGGGAAGAGCCAAAGGCCAAAGUGCCCAACUCUUUGGGAUGCCCCCUAAGCCUCCAUCAUCCUGUCUUCCCAUCAGGAACUGGCUUCUCUUAUGCCAAAGGAAUCACUUCGUUGAGUGGAUUGUGGCCAGAAUGUUCACAGGCCCAGCCUGGGGGCUGCGGGGCUGGCUGGAAGCCUGUCUAUGUAGGGAGCUCUGGGCCACAGAGGUAAGGGAGGGAAGCCAGCCUUUCAGCACCCCUUUCCCUCCACAGUUCUGUGUUUUCUGUCCUUGCUUACAUUUGGAGGGCAUGGACAAGGACUGAGUGAAAACAAAAUGAAAAAAAAUCAUGACAAAUAAAUAAGGAACGCAAUAGAACAAAACUCUAGCACCCGGGCCAUUCAUAGGAGGCCAAGGGAAAUUCAUCACAUGGAUCUGUGAUGUCCCCCUCCCCCACACUCCUGGAAGGAGGACAGGCUGUGUGAAGGAUGAGGGCCAGAGGGCUGGGUGGCAGAGUCUCCUCUUCCACAUUGACCAAGGGGCCCACGUGGACUCUGCUAUCCAGUUUCUAGUGUGCUUGGCUAUCCAGACAUGUGGACCAGCUGUGCUCAAACCACUACCCACUGGCAUGAGCCUACUUUUUGUGAAUGGUGCAUUGAAAUUGAAAUUCAGAUUGAGGAUUUCUCCUUAAUGAUGGUGCCCACCUGGGGAGAAGAUCCUAAAGUGUCCCUUUUAAAACACUUAUUUGUGGAAAAGCCCAUGGGUUUUGUUUGAAGGCCUAUCUGGGGUUUGCUCAGCUGUUGCCAGAUGCCAGUCUGUUUUCAGUGAGGCUUUGGACAGCAGUGGGGCAGAAGGCACCUGCUCUUUAACUGUCGGUGACCUUGCAAGACACUGUUGAUACCACUUCCCCCUAUUUCUGUCUCCAUCCUCCUGACCUUACCGCCAAACCACUUUUCCUCUGUGGUGCUUUAAAAAAUGUAGCAAAUUUUUGUGUGGCGCCAGAAUGCGUAGCCUGGGUCUAUUGGCAACCACAGCAGUUUAAAACCCACUGUUGAAACAUCCCUGUAAGGCAGACAUUGGGACUGUUUCAAGUCAGAAGGCUUGUGUUCCUACCCCAGUGAGGCCACCAGCUUGGACCACUCGCCCCUGUGGCUGGGGUUUUCCAUCCUUCCCCCUACUUCACAGGCCCAUUGAAGGUUGACUGAACAAAUACCUGUGAGGUGCUUGAAGUGCCAGGGAGCCAGGGAGGUUUGCCUUAGGAAGAGUCUUCUAGAAAGAUGUAGGUUAUAAGGGAGCAGUCUUAGCUGAGGCCCUCAUAUGCCUCUGAUGUUGAGUUUUCAAUGAGGGAGUCAAUCUCCUGUCAGUUGACCCUUUCCAUUCCCUCAUCCUCCCUUCUCAGAGCUCCCUGGCCAGAGAUGCUGAGCAGGUGGCAUUCUACAUUUCAUUUCUUUGUCUUUCCCUCCCCUGAGCCUUUAGAAGGCCCCUGUGUUUUCCAUGUUGGGGGGCCUGAGGAAGCCUAAAUAAAGCUCAGGGCUAGCCCUGGCUUUCCCAAUAUUUCUUCAAGUAGGUACCCAAGUGUGACUUGGGAGCAGGUGAGGAAAACCGUAUCCUAAUAUGUCUCCUCCUCAGUUAGCACAGAGCCAGACAUGAGCUCCACUGAUCAGAGCCAAAGGGUGUUUGGCAAGAAAGGCCUGCUGCCUCUGGCAUCAUGUGGCUGGGCAGUACUGGGAGAAAGCAGGAAGAAGCCCAAGGUCAGGGGCUGAGGACAGGCCAUGGGAAGAGUUACAGUGGUUCCUUACAGCCUGUAGAGUUCGGUUCAGAUGCUUCAUAGUGUUCCACCAGGUGGGGUUGUACCACAGUCUCUGGAUGGUUUUUGUAGCACAUUGUAGAUGAACGACUGUACAGCACACAGCAAGCAUCACUCCUUGUGGUGCACAUUUGGCUUUUACAAAUGCCCUGUGCAUAUCUUCUCAAACUUUGUCUUCAUAUGGAGGUGGAUUUGAUACAAUGCUAACUCUUUUGUGGCUACAUUUUUGUUGUUUUUGGGCUUGUGUGUGUGUGUGUGUGUGUGUGUGUGUGUAUCUAUGUGUGCAUGUUGCCGUUUCUUAUUGCUUAUCUGAAACAAUAGCCGGUGUGCGGCUGUAGUUGUACCAGGAGGGAUCCGGUCUGCAGAGAGAAAUGUCACCUCCCCUCCCAGGGCUGGGUAGCUUGAGGACAGGGCCCUGAGCAAGGAAAAGUAACAUUAACUAUUGGACGCCCAACCCCCAAAGUUGUCAACAUUUGCCUCCUUGUAAAACGCUUUGGAAGAAGACAUAGCAGCUCCAUUCUGCAGGCCCCCGCCCUGCACAACUCUCGCUCACACCACGCCCUUUUGGCAUAGUGCCCCUGGCCUGGGCUUCUAUUCUGUGGGCGUCAGCAGCUGAAAGAAAUCUGAACACUCCUGGGCAUGCUUUUUUUUUCUUUUUGUGGAAAGAUGUGUGACUAUUGACUUUGGGUAUGGCGGGGCUAGUUAUGUAGAUGUUUUCAUUUUUCAAAAAGAAAAGGCUUUAACAAUUUCUUGAAAUGUGACUGUCACUUGUUUUCAACCAAAACUUUUUAAGAUUUUUUAAAAGAAAAAUUGAAAUCGUGUCCCUCCCUUGCUCCCCAUUGCCUCCGGUUUUCAAAAUGAAAGCACAAGUGCAGGAGUGGGGUGCACAGGUGGCUGGCAUGUGCACAGCACCCACACAGCUGCAUCCAGCCCUGGCUGACAGAGACGCAGUGCUGAGCAGUCGGCCCCGGGGGAACCUCUCUUUCGACUUCCCAUCCCACUGCCAUGAGUGUGAAUUCCUGAGGGUGCUUCCAACCAAAAACAGGAGUCUGCCUGAUCUGUUGGACACUGCCUUUUUGGUAACCCAAAUAUGAGGAAUUCAGGACAGGAAGGUGUUUCUUUGUCAAGUAGUCAGAGCCGGAUGCUUCCCUUCUCCCAGUGGGUGGAGCCUCGCAACCCCCAGCCAGAGUUGAUCUUUUGACAACCAAAUAACAUCCCAUGAGAAGAAGAAAAACAAAAUUUAACACUGCCUCUAGAUUGUUCUUUUGUCCGAGAGAGAGAUCAUGGAGAGAGUCUUUCUCACUCACGGAGGCUUUGUCUUUCUAGGAGUGUGCAUGUGCGCUGUCUCAUGUGUGGACACUCACAGUUGAGGCUGACAUGGAUAUCUUGGCAGCAGAGCUGCUGGUCUAGAUGGCUUUUCAGCUUGACAAGUAAUGAAGCUCCAUUUUAGGACUUCACCGAUUCAGAAACAACCACAGCCCCCGCCCCUGCCCCCCGCCACUGAACUCUACUAACAGUAAUCACAAUAAUUAGCUAAUUAAAAGUACUGUAAUCAGACUGCUUGCAACUAUACUGAAAGCUCAUUAAUUUGAAGCCCACUGCUUCAGAACUUUGAGAAAAUCACAACUUAAGACAGUUCACAGUAGCUGUGAUUCUGGCUACAUAAAAAUAUUUGAAAUAUUCCUCCCUUUAGUCAAUGUUCAGGGUCUUUUGUGUAAGAGGAAUCCAGUUUAAAAUGAGUAUCCUUUUCAAAGAAAAGGCUCCAGAUAUUAAGGAUCCCUCCAUGUGCCUUCAGCUCUGGGGCUCAGCACUUCUUGUAUGUACCGGGUGAUCUCUUAUUCUGUCUCCAUCGCAGGGAUGUUGGAUAUUGCAACCUUUCACUCUACUCCUUUAUUUAUCCUGUGAAUAACAUAGCUUGUGAACUAGACUGCAAUUGAAAGUAAUAAACGUGAUGUACCUUUCUAAAUAUUCUGUAAAGCAGAUGCUUCGCUGUCAGACUGGCCGCUCCAUCAUUCGCCCCCAAAUAUUCAAACGUGGGAGCUUUUCCUUCCAGACUGUGGGCAGCGAGUCUCUCUCCAGCAAGGAUUUCUCUGACAAAGAUAUCCAAAUAGCACACCCUCUCAAGCUCAAUGCCUCAACAGUUGUUUCACUGUACUAAUAUCUGACCGCUGAACAGUGCCUGCCCUGCACUCACCCGCAGCUCCAGCAUUAACACAGAUCUUCAGGACUGGGACAAAUCCCCCAGCUGCUUUUGCUUCUCAAUCCGUCUCCCGUCACAGAUGCCAUUUUCCCAGGCAUGAACACGUCUACUAUUUCACUCUGUCAUUGUGAAUUUGUGACAGUGGAAACCCUGAUAUGUGCAACCAAGCUUAUAGAAAUGAUUACUGUGAAAUGGAUGAAUUUUGGUACCACUUUAAACUAUGUUCAUGUUCAUGCAUUUACCCUUGUCAGCUGGGAUAUCUGUACAUUCGGUAUGUCAGCCUUUCACUGGAGCCUGGUGGCAACAGGAAAACUUGCUUCUGAUUUCUCUCUUUCUCUUUCUUUUUAUAAUUGUUAAGGUUAGCUGUUACAUUUUGUCUCCUUCUGUACAAGAAAACAAUAAUAAUAAAGAGCACACAGCAUCCACUUGAA